GGGUUUAAGAGUCACAAACCCUAGCUCUACCAAUUCCACCACUGCCCCCACCCCCACUAUGUCGUCUUCUUCUUCUUCUUCAGAAUCCCCACAAACCCACGAACCAAAUCCCCAAUCCAACACCGUCCCUCAAAUAAAAACCCUGAAAACCGAGAACAAUCUAGAAACCCAAGAACAAAUUCCACAAAAAGACACCCUUUUGGAGGAAAAAGAAGAAAAAAAAGAUGAGGAUGAAGAAGAAGGAGAAUGUGGGUUCUGUUUGUAUAUGAAAGCGGGUGGGUGCAAAGACCCUUUUACUGAAUGGGAAAAAUGCGUUGAAGAAGGUGAAAAGAACAAAGAAGACAUUGCUGAAAAGUGUUUUGAAGUCACUUCUGCUUUACAGAAAUGUAUGGAGGCGCAUUCGGAUUAUUACGCCCCAAUUUUACAGGUAGAGAAAGAUAUAGAGGCAAAGGUUAUUAAGGAACGCGAGAAGGAGCUAACUGAUAACAAGGAAUCAGUUUCAAUGGAGACUGGAUCCGUAGAGGGUUCAAAUAGUUUUGACCAAAAGGAAGGCUUGUAAGGUUGGCCAAUCAAAAGAUUUUUGUUUGUAGCAAUUUUUUUUUUUUUUUGUUAUACGGUGUUUUUUAACAAUGGAAAAAUAAAGAAUUUAGGUGAUUCUUUCAAGAAUUGAGAAGGGAACUGAGAUUUCCUGAUUAAACAUAUAAUUGAUAAUUGUAUUGAAGAUACCACAAAUUUUGCUUCAUAUAUCAUUGUGUUUUUAACUGAU